CACCGGGGCGUGCUUAGCCAAUGGUGAAUGGUGGUGUUUGUCGUCAAGGGGAGGCGAACGACGCCAAUUGAUCUCCUCGCAGGGCGACCAAACCCUCGUCGCUCCACCGCCGCUCCUCCUAAUCCGCGGCCGGAUUCCGCUUCGCGUCGCCUCCAUGGAACGUGCGAAGGAUCGGUGCUUUGCCUUCGCCUUCUUUCUGCUCUUCGUCGUGUUCCUCGCCGUGGACUCCGCUGGUCCGCCGCCAGGACCCGCGCUCCGCUCUCUUGCCGGAUCUCCGAACUUGGUUCUGCCGCUAUUCCUCUCCCGCGCGAAUUCCACUCGGAGAUCCCCCGGGUCGAGGCGCUUUCUUUCCCGGCAGCUUGCCGCCGACGCUCGGAUGAGCCUCUACGAUGAUCUCCUCGCCAACGGGUAUUAUACUACGAGGCUCUUUAUCGGUUCACCGCCUCAGGAAUUUGCUUUGAUUGUGGAUUCAGGGAGUACGGUCACAUACGUUCCUUGCUCCACAUGCGAGCAAUGUGGGAAUCAUCAGGACCCAAGAUUUCAACCUGAUUUAUCAAGCACAUAUGAACCCGUAAAAUGCAGUGUUGCUUGUACCUGUGACCAGGACCAAAAGCAGUGUACUUAUGAGAGACAAUAUGCUGAAAUGAGCUCGAGUAGUGGUGUGCUUGGUGAGGACCUUAUAUCAUUUGGAACAGAAAGUGAACUUAAACCUCAGCGUGCUAUUUUUGGGUGUGAAAAUUCUGAAACUGGCGAUUUAUUUAGUCAACGUGCUGAUGGCAUUAUUGGUUUGGGCCGAGGACAGCUCAGUAUAAUGGACCAGCUUGUUUCAAAGGGUGUUAUUGGUGAUUCGUUUUCUUUAUGCUAUGGUGGGAUGGAUAUUGGUGGAGGUGCAAUGGUCCUUGGUGAGAUAACUCCGCCUACUGACAUGGUGUUUUCUCCAUCAAAUUCUGCUAGAAGUCCAUACUACAAUAUUGAGCUCAAGUCAAUAGAUGUGGAUGGUAGGCUACUGAAACUAGAUCCAAGGAUAUUUGAUGGCAAGCAUGGCACAGUCUUGGAUAGUGGAACCACAUAUGCAUAUCUGCCAAAAGAAGCAUUUUUGGCAUUUAAAGAUGCUAUCAUGAGCAAGUUACAUUCUCUUAAACAAAUACCUGGACCUGAUCCAAAUUAUAAAGAUAUUUGCUUUUCUGGCGCUAGAAGUGAUGUCUCUCAACUGUCAAACAUCUUCCCAAAGGUUCAUAUGGUAUUUGGUAAUGGAGAAAAGCUAUUACUUUCACCAGAGAACUACUUGUUCCGGCACUCCAAGGUUAGCGGUGCUUAUUGCUUGGGAGUCUUUCAGAAUGGAAAAGACCGGACGACACUUUUAGGGGGCAUUAUUGUUAGGAAUACAUUGGUCACUUAUGACCGUCAGAAUGAGAAAAUUGGAUUUUGGAAAACCAACUGCUCUGAAUUAUGGGAGAGAUUACAUAUGGGAGGAGCCUCAUCACCGACACCUUUAGAGUCAGCAACUUCCACCAUAUCUGACUCACCUGCUCCUUCUCCUGCUGUUUUACCAGAUCACUUCGAAAUUGGGCUUAUAACCUUUGAUAUGUCUCUGAACAUUACAUAUGCUGAACUAUUGCCCCACAAAAAAGAACUAGCAGUGCUAAUUGCGCAUGAAUUGGGGGUGAAUACAAAUCAGGUUCAUUUGAUAAAUAUUACAAGUGAGGGAAACACUUCCAGAGUAAGGUGGGAAAUUAUUCCAGAUGGGUCUUCCAGUUACUUUUCUAGUUCAACAGCCAUGACCAUUAUAUCCCGGUUAACUGAGCAUCAAGUUCACCUUCCUGAAAAUUUUGGAAGUUAUCAGUUGGUUGAAUGGAAUAUUGUGCCUCCUUCAAGAAGAACAUGGUGGGGAAAGCAUGCAGUGGCAAUUGUUGUAGGAAUAUCACUUGUAAUUUUGCUCAGUUUCUCGACCCUCUUGGUGUGGUACUUCUGGAGACAGAGCAAAGGGUUCAGUACAUACAGGCCUGUUGAUGCACCUGUUCCUGAACAAGAAUUGCAACCAUUGUAAUGCAUGCAGUUUGAUCCAACCCAUCUCUAUGCCAUCCUUAGCUCACACGUUAUAGUAACAAAUGAGAGCAGGUUGAUUGCCAUGCAGGUGUUUCAAAAGAUACUGCAGCGACAUCAACAAUCUGCGUUUAUCUUAUGUUUUAAGAGGAUGAAGUACAUAAAUAAGGGCCCAUCAUAGUCUCUAACCGACAUUUUUUCUGUCAAGAAAUGUAAGCUCACUCAACAACUCAGCAUAAAGUGAACUAGAGCAGAUUACUCUAUAGGCAGGUUAUCUCUAGAUACAGCGGUUUGUUUUGCUUGUAUGAUUGAAGAAUCGUAAUCAACAUUUACGUUGUCCUAUUCUUAUGUAUCUCACUUGGAAGGAACACACACUUUGCCAUAGACCUCUUAUUGGAAUGCUCGACUUUUUGUCAGUCA